AUGGGAAACAUUAAAUCGAAAAAAAAUAAUGAUAGUGCAUUCUCUAGAUCUAUGGAUGAGAAUGAAAUCGAUAGUUACCAAGUUAUACACAAUGUUUUUCGUUCUAUAUGGAAUGGAAACUAUAUGUCUCCUAUCACCCCAAUUUUAUUAUCUGGUGACGCCAAGGUUUUAGAUAUUGGUUGUGGACCAGGUACUUGGGCAUGCGAUAUGUCUUCGGAUUAUCGAAAUUCUACUUUUAUUGGAGUAGAAACAGUUCCAAUGUUUCCCAAUCAAAAACCAACCAAUGUAGAAUUUAAACUACAUGAAGAUUUUACUUCAAGAUUUCCAUUUGAGGAUAACUCUUUCGAUUUUAUUCAUUUGAGAUUUUGUUGGUAUUCUUUUACUUUUGAUCAAUGGAGAACGACUGCCAUAAAGGAAUUAGUUAGAUUGUUGAAACCAGGUGGAUGGUUAGAAUUUGUCGAUAUAUCGUUAGACGGUGAACAUUUAGGUCCUGUAACUACGGAUUUUAUUACAGACCGUAAUUCUGCGCCAAACCUUUCUUCCGAAGUAUAUCAUGAAAUGAGAAAAAUUCCUUGUGGUUCAUGGGGUGGAAAUCUUGGCGUGCAUCAUGAACAAGCUGUAAAAGGUCUUAUUUCAAAAAGUAUUGAUCAUUUACCUCAUAAAACUUCUCAGAAAAUGAUGGAACAAAUGUUAUAUGAAUUUAAAGAACGUAGAACUUAUUCUUAUUGUCAUAGGAUUUAUGUACAGAAAUUGGAAUUGUAA